GGUGGGUCAAGUUUGCCUGUUCUGUUCUCCUGGGUUUGACGUGAAUUGGAUCGAGUGAAUCAAAUGCGAUUUCUCCCCCGCCGGUCGCUGGCAAAAGGGCGUGGAAGAAUUAAUACUUUCAAAUGCUUGCAAGCAAAGAGCCAGCCAUGCAUACCUAGAAAACAGCUGGACUGAGUCGGACGCUGUUUUCCAUUACCAGACUCUACCCCCGUCGUUGCAUCUUACUUCACUUGUCGCUGGCGGCGCCCUUGCGCCAUCUCCCGAACCUCCAAAUAAAUCUACCUGCACCGACCAAGUCCACAACAGGCACGGGCAGGCAACAUCGGAAUCCAUCAUAUCUUUGCCCGCCCGGCCGGGCUUGCAGCACGCCAACAAACAGCACGCACCAGGAAAGCCGACGACGGUGACGACACAAAAUACACAACGAUGGGCAACGUCACAAGUCGCCCCGAGGAGGCUACUGCGCUUUAUCUCCGGGAUCAAAAUCGAUUGUCUAUUUCAUCUGUCGUUGUCUCCUCUCCGCGCAAGCGCUCCUCCAUCAAUAUAGUUCCCAAUGCUUUCCCUGCAACUCGAUUCUCAGCUUCUCGUUCUCUUGGCGACAGCUGCCCCGUCGAGUUCGUCCAGGACCCAGAAACGAUCACGUCAGGCGGUCAGCCGCACUUCAUCAUCAAGUUCAACAGCGACGAUGAACUCAACUUCAACUUCACAUUCGUGAUACGGCAGAGUCCAGGUGCCCCGAGUCCAACCUCCGCUGCCGGCUUGGACGUUGCCGCUGGCCCAGCCUCGAGCGAUACGCACGUUAACAACCUAACAUUUGUGUACGCUUCUUCCGCUAAGGAGGUAGAAAACCUGGUGACAAGGGAGUUCCACGCCGACCCGAACCUUCACAAGAACUCCAAUGUCGAACUUGUGGGGGACUACUCUACAGAUGGGAGCCCCUCAAUAUCGUUUGAGUGGUCAUGGAAGUGGAAACCACCAAAGAUUGCCGAAGACAAGGGCGGAGGCUGGCGCAAUUCCUGCAGCUUUGUCGAGUAUGACCAGCGUGGUCAUCGCUUGGUCUCCUUGGCUAGUUUCGCUUUCUGGGUAUCAAAUUCCAAUGGCUACAUGAGCCAGCCCAGCUCGCCCUCGCCUCAGUUUCUGCUCCAUGCCCCGCCUAGGAUACGGGUAGCCUCGUCGCAAUCCGUUGAGUCGAGAAUAAGUGCCGCGGAUAUUAAUGAGCCUGCGUCCCCUCGCACCAAUUUUAAUGCAGAGUCACCGAGUGACGCGCUUCCGCCUCCAUCGACAGCCUCCUCCGAACCGGUCAAGGUCGACGUGGCAUGUCCAAGGCCUGGCGAAGAUGUAGCUGUCACGGAUGAUGGGCCUGUGUUUAGGGCGACCAUCAAGGCGUUGGAACAAAAGACGGGCAGCAUGCGGACGCAGAUGAAGCGCCUGAUCAAGAAGGCAGAGCAUGCGCAGACGACCCAGGCGGACGCCAACGAGGCUUUCAUGGCAUUUGUAGAUGCCCUGAAGGAGGCAUCAGCAACCAACACCAAUGCCGUGCAGCCCGCAAUCGACCAUUACUUUGACAAGAUAGCUAGGGAAAUUUUGUUUUACGAGAGACAAAAUGCCGCAAAUUUGCAGAGGAUGAUAAUCGAGCCGCUGAACAGGCUGUAUACGCUGGAUAUCAAGCAGGCCGAGGCCAAGAAACGAGAUUUUGAGGAAGAGAGCAAGGACUACUAUGCCUACGUAGGCAAAUAUUUGGGCCAGCGUUCCGAUUCGGUCAAGACCAAAAAGCUAGUCGAGAGCGAUAACAAGUAUCAGGGGAAACGACGCAAUUUUGAGCUGAAGAGGUUCGACUAUUCCUCAUUCAUGCAAGAUUUGUCAGGUGGGCGCAAGGAGCAGGAAGUGCUGUCUCAUCUCACCAAGUACGCUGAUGCCCAGACAAAGGGGUUUUUAUCCACGGCUAAAAAGGUCGAGGCUCUCUUGCCGCAACUGGAAGCGUUAUCAAACGAAGUACAAGAGGCGGACAAGGAGUAUCAGUAUCAACGGAGAGAAAGGGAGGAAAAGCGCCGAGUGUUGGAGAAGAGCAACGGGACGACCAUGGAACCCGAAACACCUCUGACUGCAGGCAUGCCAAGCGUCACAACACCGCUCAACGGAAACACGAAUUCAGACAGCGAGCUCGGAAGGGCAGACAGCACUGGCUCGCAACUGCGCACUGUAGCGAACAGCACCACCUCUAAUACCACGGCAGUAGGGGAUCUUUCCAAAUCACCUGGCAGCUUUAGUCACUCUUCUGUAAAUGUGGGCAGCCCCCCACCACCCUCCAAGUUCAAGGGAAUUCGCGACCUGGAAGAGCGAGAUCCCUCGCAGUCUGCCAUCUCGGACAAAUAUGCAACGCAGCGCAAAGAAGGUCUCCUAUGGUCCUUGAGUCGACCAGGUGGUCAUGUGGACCCGAGAGCGGCCUUGAACAAGCAGACGUGGCACAAGUUCUGGAUAGUUUUAGAUCAAGGUAAACUGUCCGAGUACAGCAACUGGAAACAGAAGCUCGACUUGCACAUGGACCCAAUCGACCUCCGCAUGGCCUCGGUUCGCGAGGCCAGGAACGCUGAAAGACGCUUCUGCUUUGAAGUCAUUACGCCACAGUUCAAAAGGGUUUACCAGGCGACGUCUGAGGAGGAUAUGAACAGCUGGAUCACCUCUAUCAACAACGCGCUACAGAGUGCUGUUGAGGGUCGAGGUGUCCGAGACAAGCCAGUGCAGUCAGGCACGGACCAGCCGGCCAGUUUCCGAAGGGACAUUGGUUCCAUCCUUACCGGGAAAAGCCCCUCGCUCGGCCAUGGGCACGCUGCCAAUACGUCCUCUUCUGGGUUCCCCACCCGCCGAAUCACGGUUGGUGGCGCGCCGAGUGGGCAUCGCGUCGGCUCUGCAGGCAGUCAGGAGGAGAACCCAGACAAACUACUCCAGGCUCUACGCGAGAAUGACCAAGGCAAUUUGUGGUGCGCAGACUGCGGGUCUGGGUCCAAGGUUGAGUGGGUGUCGCUCAACCUUGCCAUCAUCCUGUGUAUCGAAUGCAGUGGCAUUCACAGGUCGCUCGGGACGCACAUUAGCAAGAUCAGAUCUCUGACGCUCGAUAUCACGUCCUUCCGCACUCCCGAUAUUGUCGAGCUGCUCAUGCUUGUUGGUAACCGCGUUGCCAACAUGAUAUGGGAGGCUAGGCUUGACCACUCGAUCAAGCCAGGACCUCAUGCGACCAGAGAACAAAGGCUCAAGUUCAUAACCAUGAAGUAUGUCGACAGAGCAUUCGUGGAUCCCCUGUCGCCCACUACUUCCCGUUACCUCACAGCCGACGAAACGUUACUCGCUGCUAUCAAGCGCAAUGAGAUUCAACAGGUCAUCUAUGCCUUAGCUUUGAAGGCCAAUCCAAACGUGACUGAUAGGUCUCGUGGGACACAUUCCAUUUUCUUGGCCCUCGCCGCCGCAGAUCCGGCCUCUCCGUCACCCGCGCCAUUGUCGACUGCGAACGCACGUGUCGAGGGCGAACGGACUACCCCAUUCCCCAUCGCAGAGCUCUUGACUCAAAAUGGUGCUGAGAUACCGUCCACCAUGCCGGCUUUCCCGCUCAGUCGCUCCGCACAGCAGUACUUGGAAGGCAAACGCGGUCGCAGCACGUCGAUAUCGAUGGUCGGCAACCAGCAGGCUGUCUCUACAAUUCAGGAUCUUGGUCAGGCCGCCGCUGAUAAACUCGCCCGUGAGCGCGAGGCGCGACUACAGAAGCGAGUUAGUGCCGGUGGUCGGCUCGCCAAAUCGCCCAUACCCGAGAGGUAGGGUUUAUAUGGGCUGGGCUCGUUGCGUGGCCGUCCGUCUGAGAGAGGACGGCAACUGCAUCUAGCAGCGGCGGCCAGUGUAUCGACAUCGCCGCCGCGGCGUGGAAAACGGAGUCUUGGCAGCAUCAGGCGCAACAUUUGCUCCCAUGUUACAGGGGAAACCAGGCCACAACCUUGAAGGGAUGACAGUACACUGCCAGUCCCCCUUGUAUAAAUCACGAUAUCAUACUCUGGAUACUACUUGUGGUCGUUGUCUUUUUUCGCGUAUUUUCAUGUAGGUAUCGUCUGUACUUUUCUUUUACUAUUGGCACUGGUUGGGGGUUGGUUGUUUCGUUUCGGUUCAGCCAAUGUUUAUUUUUGUUUCUUUUUCCCCCUGGGUGUCGAAGAAGCGCCCUACUACAAUCCUGGUCUGAGUUUCUUGGUGGGCAAUUCGAUGACUUUUGGGCAUUGGGGUACGGGUACGAGGCGUGGACGUCCUUGCUUUUUGGUUCGAGAUUUCUUGGGGCGCUGGGAGAUAUAUAUCUUAAUGCGGCACAGGUCUUAAUACGAUGUCACGAUUGUGAACAUGAUGUCUGUCUCUAUGUGCUUUGAUGCCAAGUCGUUUUGAUUGUUAUCUUCUCUUGUCCUCAACUUCAGUUUUUGUGCCUAUAUCCUCUGGCUACAAAUGUCUGAAAAUUAUGUCGGUGUACGUGGCAAUAUAAACAUAGGGCCUAGGAGGCAAG